AAAAAGAAGAAAAAAAGUACAAAGGUUUUUUUUCAUAAAUGUUUUGAUUUUGAGCGUAAAGUAUAAAGUUUAUUUAACGUGUCGCCGCACCAUGUUUUCGUAUCACUAAAAUCAAGGCAUUUUAUUGGAUUUCACGGUGACGUAAAACCAGGAAGUAGUAAAGUUUUUUGACGAAGAGGCAGAAGAUGAGUCGCAUCUAUCACAACACUGCGUUACAAAAUAAACCUGUGCAUAACGAGAAACUGUCCUCCACGUGGGAUCCAGUAAUCUACCAGAGUGGUCAUGGUGUGAUUUUAGAGGGGGCUGUCGUGGAUAUAUCACGUCAUGUCAUAACAGAUAAGAACGACAGAAAGGAACGCUUCAAUGUUUUGUACAUCAAAACCAGCCGAGUGCAUCGCAGAAAAUAUGAUUCAAAAGGAAAUGAGAUCGAGCCUAAUUUUAGUGAAACCAGGAAAGUCAACACUGGCUAUCUCAUGUCAUCCUUCAAAGUGGAGACUAAGGGUGAAACAGAUUGUCUCGAUGAGCGCCAACUUGGUGUACUCGUGAAUAAGGACGAGCUCCUUAAAGUAACUGCAAAGCAUUGCCCUAGUCAGACCAUUGCAUUCUGGAUCUCCGAGGCAGAGAUGGACAGGACAGAGAUUGAGUUGGGUCAAGAAAUUCGCCUUAAAACUAAAGGAGAUGGGCCUUUCAUUUUUUCCUUUGCAAAACUGGAUGGUGGUACAGUGACAAAGUGCAACUUUGCCGGAGACGAGAACGCCGGAGCAUCAUGGACGGAUAAAAUUAUGGCUAACAAGGCAGAUGCAAAGUGUACAGGGAAGAGCUCUAGUCAGGGUGAGGGAGCGGAUGAGGACGAAUGGGAUGACUAAAAAAAAAACUGUGAGGUUCCAGGACCAGAUAAGAAAAAAAACUGCGCCUUACUCCCCAAAGAAAGAUGAAGACAGUUUUCCAUGUGCAUGUGAAUGAAUGAUAUUUUUAAAACAAGGAGUGGGAAUAUGUGUAUGUGUUCAAAUCAUUGAGGUCAUAUAAGCGCAGUUAUUGACAAGGACUCAACUGUGUAAAAAGACUGCACUUUAAUUAUUUAGAUGUUUAAAACACAAGUUUCAGUUAAGAAACCUUUGGUAUGGAACAAUAUCACAAAAUGAGAAAAUUAACAAAGGUUGUUUAUAACAACACAUAUUUUUUUUAAAUACUUGUUUGUUUAUAAUUUGACAUACUGCAUACAACAAUAAAAUUUCCUUAUUACAGCUAUA